CCAGGGCGGCGUUAUGCUGGGCAAAGGGGUGGUGGGCGGCGGCGGCGGCACCAAGGCGCCCAAGCCUUCCUUCGUGUCGUACGUGCGCCCCGAGGAAAUUGACACAAAUGAAAAGGAAGUAACAGAGAAGGAAGUAGCUCUUCACUUGUUGCCAGGUGAGCAGCUGCUCUGCGAGGCCAGCACGGUGCUGAAGUGUGUGCAGGAAGACUCGUGUCAGCGCGGGGUCUACGGGAGGCUCGUGUGCACCGACUUCAAGAUCGCCUUCUUAGGAGACAGCGACCCCGCCCUGGAUAGCGACGAAACUCAGUUUAAGAAUAAGGUCAUAGGAGAAAAUGACAUUACACUCCACUGUGUGGAUCAGAUUUAUGGAGUGUUUGAUGAGAAAAAAAAACCUCUGUUUGGACAACUGAAGAAGUACCCCGAAAAACUCAUCAUUCACUGCAAAGACCUCCGAGUGCUGCACUUCUGUCUGCGGUUUACAAAGGAAGAGGAGGUCAAAAGGAUUGUCAGUGGCAUAAUCCACCACACCCAGACUCCUAAACUGCUUAAAAGAUUGUUUCUGUUUUCCUACGCGUCUGCUGCACAGAACCACACAGCCUCUGAUCCCCGGAACCAUACGGUCAUGUUCGACACCCUUCAGGACUGGUGUUGGGAAUUGGAGCGGACCAAAGGCAGCAUGAAGUACAAGGCAGUGAGUGUCAAUGAAGGCUACAAAAUCUGUGACAGGUUGCCAGCAUACUUCGUUGUCCCCACCCCACUUCCUGAAGAGGAUAUACAACGCUUUCAGGGCCACGGCAUUCCAAUAUGGUGUUGGUCUUGUCACAAUGGAAGUGCCCUUAUGAAGAUGUCGGCGCUGCCCAAAGAGCAGGAUGACAGUGCCUUGCAGGUCCAGAGGAGCUUCUUGGAUGGCGUUUACAAGACUAUCCACAGGCCACCCUAUGAAAUUGUCAAAACUGAAGACUUGUCAAGCAACUUUGUGCCCUUGCAGGAAAUCCAGACUGCAUACUGUAAAUUUAAGCAGCUGUUUCUGAUCGGUAACAGCUCGGAGUUCUGGGACACAGAUAUCAAAUGGUUUUCUCUCUUAGAAAGCAGCAGCUGGCUUGAUGUGAUCAGACGUUGCCUGAAAAAAGCAAUAGAGAUUUCAGAAUGCCUGGAGGCCCAAAACAUGAACGUUCUUCUUUUAGAGGAGAACGCCUCUGACCUCUGCUGCCUCCUCUCCUCCCUGGUGCAAGUGAUGAUGGACCCCCACUGUCGAACCAGGACUGGUUUCCAGAGCCUCAUCCAAAAGGAAUGGGUCAUGGGUGGCCACUGCUUCUUGGAUCGCUGUAACCAUCUCCGCCAGAGCGACAAAGAGGAGGUUCCCGUGUUCCUGCUUUUCCUAGACUGUGUCUGGCAGCUGGUGCACCAGCAUCCUCCAGCAUUUGAAUUCACGGAGACUUACCUGACAGUUUUGUCAGAUAGCCUGUAUAUUCCUAUUUUCAGCACCUUCUUCUUUAAUUCACCUCAUCAAAAAGAUACUAACAUGGGUAGGGAAAGCCCGGAUGCACAAAGCAAACCUUUGACUCUGCUCACCGUGUGGGACUGGUCCGUACAGUUUGAACCCAAAGCCCAGACACUGCUGAGAAACCCUCUCUAUGUGGAAAAACCAAAACUGGACAAGAGCCAGCGGAAAGGAAUGCGUUUCAAACAUCAAAGACAACUUUCUUUGCCACUUACCCAAUCUAAGUCAUCUCCCAAGAAAGGAUUUUUCAGGGAAGAAACGGAUCAUCUAAUUAAAAACCUUCUGGGCAAGAGGAUCAGUAAGUUUAUUAACUCUUCGGACGAGUUUCCCGACAGCUUUCGCGAAUUCUACGAGAACUGGCAUAGUAAGCCUGUGGACUACCAUGGCUUGCUCUUGCCACACAUCGAGGGGCCAGAGAUCAAAGUCUGGGCCCAGCGCUACCUGCGCUGGAUUCCGGAAGCCCAGAUCGUAGGUGGUGGCAGAGUGGCCACCAUGGGCAAACUCUUGGAGAUGAUGGAGGAAGUACAGAGCUUGCAGGAGAAAAUCAACGAGCGACACCGGGGCGCCGAAGCCCUCCCUGCCGGGGCUCCCUGCCUGCCCAGGAACUCUGCCCGCCUGUCCUCCCUGUUCCCUUUCGCCCUGCUCCAGCGGCCCUCGUCCAAGCCCGUUCUUCCCACCAGCAGCUGGAAAGCCUUGGGAGAUGAAGACGAUCUGGCCAAACGAGAAGAUGAGUUUGUAGACCUGGGCGACGUGUGACUUCUGUCCUCAGCCAUGGUCCAAGGAGGCCUGUGGGCUAUUGGGACAGUUGUUGCAAGGGCUGGUGUCACAUCAGCGCUGGCGGGCUCGUUAGUCCAGUGCUCUGCUGGAGAAAACCUGGGUUUUCAGGAAGAGAGCUGGUUCUCUCUCCUCUUUGUUCCAUAGUUUUGGACGACUAUGCAAUUAAAACCAUCUCUAGUUGUGUUAAUAGGAAGACAUUCCUACUCGACCUGCCACAGGAUCGUGGCCAUUUUCUGAUGCUGAAAUGGAAUAUAAAAUAGGUAAUGGGGUUGGGCAUGGUGGCACACGCCUUUAAUUCUGGCAUGCAGGAGGCAGAGGUAGGAGGAUCACUGUGAGUUUGAGGCUAGCCUGGGACUACUGAGUAAAUUUCAGAUCAGCCUGGGCUGGAGCUAGACCCUACCUCAAAAAAAAAAAUCUUUAAUGGCUAGUUUGCUACUAAAAAAAUAUCCUUUUUUCUAAUCUUUUCUGUGCCAAGAAACAUGACAGCCAUUGGGAAUAAGAUUCGCUACAGCCCAUCCCAGUCACGAGUAGGUUCACCAUACGUGUGACGUUCGUGUCAAGGAAAGAUGGAGGUGGAGCGUUAAGAUGUGUGGACUUACUUAAACCUAGCAUCUUCGCUUUCUCCUGCCCCUCCUGCCUCCUCAGCAGUUGCCUCCUGGUGUGCACCACCACAAGCCCCAAGUCCCUUUCUGCGCCCCUCGUCUUCAGAAAGCUGCAGGUUCCCCUGGUGCCCGUCAUCCGGGCACUCAGCCCCUCGGCCCUUCCUCCUGGACCGCAGCAUGUCACAGGGGCAGCGGGCUAGCCAGCCACCUGUCUCCUUUCCUGUGCUGACAACUCCAGGGUUUCCUCUUACUCCAUGCCCCUCGCCGCGUCCCCCUCUGCCGCCUGCCUUGGUGCACAUCUGUCCUGGUGUCUUGCCGCUGAACUGUUUGGUUACACUGGGGAGUCUCUGCCUGUGUCCAGAGAGCUUCCAUUCUUUGGAGCCUCUCCAUGUGUGCAUUCAUGUUUUUCUUUUCCAAUCACAGCUGGAGCGCCCGCCCGUGACCUUGCGGUUUUUACAGCAGCCCCUCAGCUCCUUCCCUUUCCUUCUGAGUUAGUCACUUUCACAAAUGCUGGAGUGGGUCACUUUUGAAUGUGGCUUUCACAGGAAAACCUAAGUGUCAGAAGUGAUGAUUAUCACAUGAUACCUCAGUGAUUUCAAAAGCCAUAGAAGAAAUUUCACUAUGCCUAGUCACCUUCAUAGAUCUAAAAGACUUAUAUUUUUUUAAUAUAUGAAAGUAUGCUUUGUAAUGAUCCGUUUUAUCAAUGGAACCUUGUCCAAUCCCACAGAGGGAAGAAGGAAAAAAAAAAAACUUGUGUUAGAAU